UCACUAUUGGUAGCACCGCGGUACAGCGCUUUGCCGGGCGGGAUUUCCGCAAUAUCAAGUAUGGCGAAGACAUACGAUUAUUUGUUUAAAUUACUCUUAAUUGGGGAUUCCGGGGUCGGAAAAACCUGUGUUCUGUUCAGAUUCUCAGAAGAUGCAUUCAACUCAACAUUCAUCUCGACGAUAGGCAUUGACUUCAAGAUUAGGACGAUAGAACUAGACGGGAAGAAGAUAAAGUUGCAGAUAUGGGACACAGCUGGCCAGGAACGUUUCCGAACAAUCACAACGGCGUACUACAGAGGAGCAAUGGGUAUUAUGCUAGUCUAUGACAUCACAAAUGAGAAGUCCUUUGAAAACAUCAAGAACUGGAUAAGGAACAUAGAGGAGCAUGCAUCAGCAGAUGUGGAGAAGAUGGUCCUUGGGAACAAAUGUGACAUCAAUGACAAGCGGCAAGUGUCCAAAGAUAGAGGAGAGAAGCUGGCACUAGAGUUUGGCAUCAAAUUCAUGGAGACUAGUGCAAAGGCCAAUAUCAAUGUGGAAAAUUCUUUCCUGACACUCGCCCGAGACAUCAAAUCAAAAAUGGACACAAAAUUGGAGGGAAACAGUCCACAGGGCAGCAGUCAUGGAGUGAAGAUCUCAGAGCCCCAGAAGAAGACCAGCUUCUUCCGCUGUGCCCUACUGUGAGCAGAAGCCCAAGGCCUUAGUUGCAGUUACUUCUAAUGUCCCCCAGAAGGCUGUCUGUGAACCAUCUUCCCCUCCUCUCAUCUCCUCACCAAGGAUCACCCUCUAGGGCUGGUCAUCUGGACUGUGCUUGCCAUGCUUGCACUCUCCUUUUGCCCCCCUUUUUUCCCUGCCUCCCCCGCCUAUCCUCCCAAGUCCGUCAAGCAACAAACUCCAGGACAGGGGACCGAUCAACAUAGAUCAGAAUGUUUUUUUUUUAAGCACAUUUUCCCCCCACUUACAAAAGACUUUCACCAUGGUUUGGGUCCAGUACAGUUAUUCAGUAUCACCCAGAAGGUAGGCUCUUCCUUCCAUAUCUAGUCUCCAUUAAGCAACAUGUACUUUAGUUUUUUACUCACUGAAUCUGGUUGCACAGCUGCCAAAGGUGGAGCCCAAUAUUGAAGGUAUAAUCAUGAAUAACCUCUGAUGAUUAAUAUUGAGAAUAUAGUGUGAUACAAAACAGUUUCUAUUCGUCUUGUUCUUGAAAACACGGCAAUAAACUAGAGACCGAUUAGCUUUUAGUUGGCGCUGAAUCAGAGUUGUAAAACGUAUGGAGAUAGCCUAGAGUACACGUUAACACAACAAUCCAUCAAAACAAUUUGAUUAUGCAGUAAUACUUGUUUUAUUUUAUUGGUUUAUGCAUUUGCCAUUCUGUUUUGCUUACAUCAUGUCCAUAGACAAUCAUUGAGAUUGAAUGCGUAGACAUUUCAGUAGGGACAUUGUCUAUCCUUGGACAUUGUGCCUACUCUACUGUAUGCUUUCUACAAGUAUUGUGUGGUCUGUGGACUAGUUGCCCCUGUCAUGGCAUUGGAGACUAGUCCUCUGUUAAGGUCAGACCUGAAACCUUCAAGCUGGGGGAUAUUUUCAGCUCCAGUAUGUGGUGUUUUGCUUUGGGUAUUCUAUAGUUCAACAAGUGACCCAGAGUAUUCAGCUGGGAAAGAAAGAUGACACGUUGUGUUUGACAUGGUUUCAGACUCAUCCAUGGCAUAUAUAUAUAAUGUUAAUCUGCUCUGAUUCAAGGCCUGGCUAUAUGACGUUUCUGGUUGCAGCUAUAAGAAGUGUAUGCUGUCAGCACCUAAGUUGUAGUGUGAACAAGCUCCCCUUCUACUCAUGCAAUCCCUUGCACUUUACCAGUUACCUGUGUUUUGUGUGUAGUCUGUGCCAAGUGAUAGAUUGCAAUAUGAACAUAUUACACUUGAGUAUGCUACAACAUUUACAAUUCAUUGGAUCAUCGUAAAUCAACAUAUAUUUAACAUAACGUGGAUAAAGUUAUUUUCAACCCCACAUCUCUUUUCCAACGAACUUCCUUCUACCUUGCUCCACCCUCAUGGAACCAGCAAGUGGAGAUGUCUUCCAAGUUACUGUGGUAGACGUGCAAAAGUACUUAUUUAUGUGUUUGAGGCUUUUGUGUUUCCUCUCCGUGCUACUGCCCUGCCAAAUUGUAGUAUAUUCUCGAUGUGACCAUUUCUUGGCUUAUGAUGAAGCCACUCAAUACUUUUGUGUGAUCAUGGUCAGUCAUUUUGUGGUCAGUCCCUUGUAUGACAGCUAGGUGGCGCACCUGACUGCUAAAGAACUUUGUUCCGACACCAAGCAAAUGUUUCUUGUGUACUCAAACCUUACACUGAAAAAGUAGUGCGUGUUUUUCCUUGAUUCCCCCAGAGAUGCAAGCAAAAGAGAGUGGAUAUGUAUGGUGUAGACAUUUGAACUGAACUUGCAUUUUGUAUGAAUACAGCAGCUGGCCCGACAUACUAUCCUCUAUUCUGUAAUUUCUACUUUUUUUCCCCCCCAUUUGUGUUUGAAAAUAAAUGUAUUUUAUUUUACAACAUGCACAACAGAGGGGAUCAUCUUUGCUAGCCUGCACCAUUCAAUAGCUGUCAGAACCUCAUGAGUACUGCGCCAUGACCAUUUGUCUUAAUGACCAAUACUCAAUCUCUUCCAUUUGAGCUAUGCAUUGUGAAAUCUGGACCUCUGUGUUUUGUUGUGUGAUUGUAUUGUUAUUUGGAAUUGUUUUGUGUGUGUGUGUGUAGGACAACAUGCCAUUUGUAUCAUCGUCUCGUAUCAUAUCAAUGGUGUGUUAGUAGGAUGAGUGUCCCUAUUUGGCUUCUUUGCAUUGAGCUAAGAACAUGAUAUCCCAUCCGACAUUUGUGGAAUUUGGUGUUUUCAACGGUUAGCCAAGUCUCCGUGUUACUGCAGACUGCUGUGGAGCUAGGCACAAGAAUGACAGCGUUAAGUAUAAGGAACAGACAUGGAUGGGAGUUGUUUGAAACUUUUCAAACUAAAACGUUUGAAACUUAAUCAUUCCCCAUAAUUUCUUUGUUUUGUUUUCAAGAAUUUCUUUUUUUUAUGAUUAUUAUUUUUCUUUUCAGUCAAUGCAAAUUAUUCACUUUUUUAAAUUACGACAAAUUAAUUAUGUUGUCUUUUGUGUGAGGUACACAGGGGAAAAAAAAUUAAAUAAAAUCUUCAAGGAAAA